AUGUCGCGCCGUCCAGCAAAAGGAGACUACAUUGAAACGGACACCGGCAACAAGGUCGCCCGCAAGGCCGUCCUCGUCGGCACCCAAAACAUCAUGCUCGGCGGCAAAACCGUCAUCCAGCCCGAAGUCAUGAUCCGAGGCGACCUCGUCCGCACCGCCGCGCCCCCUCCCUCAUCAUCAUCGUCAUCCGGCGCCGCCCCGCCAAACACCACCGCCGUGGCCAUCGGCCGGUACUGCUUCCUCUCGCGCGCGGUGCUGCUGCGCCCGCCCGGCCGCAUCUACAAGGGCGUCUUCACGUACAUGCCGCUGCGGAUCGGGGACCACGUCUUCAUCGGGCAGGGGACCGUGGUGCAGGCGGCGAGCAUCGGGAACCAUGUGUAUAUCGGGAGUGGGUGCGUCAUCAACGAGUUUGCCAUUAUCAAGGACUAUGUCAAGGUUCUGGAUGGGACGAUUGUUCCGGCGAACAUGGUCAUUCCGAGCUUCUCGAUUGUGGCGGGCCAGCCGGGGCGUGUUGUGGGCGAGCUGCCGGACGGUGCGCACGAGGAGUUUGAGCUGCGAGACUUGUACAAGACGGUGGGCAACAAUCCGCAGCCGGCGGCGGCUUGA